CAUUAAUUUUCACGAUCUACCAAAUCAAAAGGCAGUUGGAGCCAUAUUUUGUAUUCUUUUCUUUAUUUGUUUAUUCUUCAUUAUAAGACAAGAUGCUGGAGUCGCCAACCAUCCCUCUCGACCAGUUUAGUGUCUCCCUUCAUAAUGGAUUCCUACCUACAGAACCACCGUUACAACACCUUCCAGAUCCUUACUAUGCCCCAUGGGAAUCAGUUAUGGCUGAUCUCCCAGAUCUCAUAAGCACGGGCUACAUUCGACGUGAAGUGUUGCGCCUGCCAGUUCUCUCCACGGAUAAACUCUACCGCGAGGCCGAAUGGCAACGAGCAUAUCUCAUCCUUGCGUUCCUGACGCAUGCAUACAUUUGGGGCGGGAAACGACCCGAGGAUAGGCUCCCGCCAUCUAUCGCAUGCCCCAUUCUCGAGGUCUCCACUCAUCUGGAAUUACCGCCCUGUGCCACAUAUGCGGCUUUGAACCUGUGGAAUUUCGCCACUGUUUCCGAGACAGAUGCCGAUCUCACAAAUCCGGACAACCUCGCUCUCAUCAACUCACUUACCGGCACGGACGAUGAACGAUGGUUCCUCGUGAUAUCCGUGGCAAUGGAAGCGUGCGGCGCAAAGACGAUUCCUCUGGUCUUAAACGGCAUUAAUGCGGUGGAAAUUGGUGAUAAUGAUUUGCUCGUACGUGUUCUCAACGAAAUGACAGCUUGUAUAGAAGAGCUGGGUUGUAUAUUGGAACGGAUGUAUGAAAGGAAUAGACCGGCAGUGUUUUACCAUCAGAUCCGCCCAUUGCUGGCGGGAUCGAAAAAUAUGACAGCCGCGGGUCUGCCAAACGGUGUCUUUUAUGAUAUCGGGGACGGAAAGGGGGACUGGCAUCAAUAUAGUGGAGGAAGCAAUGCGCAGAGCUCACUGAUUCAGUUGUUUGAUAUUGCGUUCGGUAUCGAGCAUCUUGCUAGUGGGGAGGUAGGACAUAAAGAAGCUGGGCAUAGAGCAUUCAUGCAGGAAAUGAGAAAUUAUAUGCCCGGCCCACACCGCCGGUUCCUCGAAUAUAUUGGCACUGUUGCCAAUAUACGGCAAUAUGCGAUGAGCCUCCCCGCAUCGUCCGAUGUGAGACAGACGUACAAUACGGCCGUGAUGAAACUCGGUGGGUUCCGCGAUAAACACAUUCAAAUAGUCACCAGGUAUAUCAUCAUGCAGGCAAGGAAAUCUCAGUCGUCGCCGAGCGACAGGAGUGUGUCCGGUACACAGCGACUCAACCUGGCUUCUGCUACAUCGGCUUGCAUGGAUAGCAAGAAGAAAGAAGCGCAGGUCUUUUACGGGACCGGAGGCACUGCAUUGAUACCCUUCCUGAAGGCGACGAGAGAUGAGACCAAGGCUGCAGCUCGAUUUGUAGAUUGA